UACGUUAGACCUGCAAUGCGUCAAGCCAUUGCGCUCAGUGUGUCCCGGAUCACGCAGCACUGGAACCGGCGGGCCAACAAGCCCUUCGGUUAGACAGGACAGGGCUGAUUAAAUUUCUCUCCCGGGAUCAGCUCUCAUAUUAUAGACUCACCGUGAGACUCCUUCACAUCCACAAAGCUAAGGUCGCAGGCGGAUGACGUACCCGGCGCGCGUCUGUUUUGAUCUGUGUGAAGUAACAUGGCUCUUUUCCCGUCCUGCGCUGAACUGUCAGGCAAUAACAGCUCUACUGGGGAUAGAGCUCCAGCAGAUCUGGAAUGGCUGAGUAAUCAGAGCUUCAGCAAACAAGAUGCUUUGAAGACUCAUCAGCGGGCCACAGAGAGAGUGCAAGCAGAGGCAGAAGAACCAGCAGGCACAAGAGAGCAGAAGUGUAAAGAGAGAGAAGAUAGCCAUGGCAGAUCGAAUAAGAGAAAGAAAGAAAAGAAGAAAAAACAGAAGAAGAAGAAGAGCAGAGAUAACUCGGAGAGCGGUGGAUCUGAAUCAGACACAGUUUACCCCAGCGACCUGCUAAAAAAGGAGAACGCUGACAGAGAGGAAGCUCAAGUUCGGGUGAGCGAGACCUUUAUGUGGCUGGAUGACCUCCAGACCCCCUCUGACUCCCCCUUCUGUAUUGACAGAAGAGCUGACCGUGCCAACUGGGAAUACAAAUCCCUCUAUAGGGGAGACAUAGCCAGGUAUAAGAGGAAGGGAGGCUCUUGCCUGGGGUUAGACUUCAGGAUGCAGGCUGUGAACUGGAAUGAUGGAGGUCCAGAGAAGAAGCGAGUGGACAAGAAACCCGAGCGCUAUUUCUGUCCUUCCACCCGUCAGUUGCUCCGGUCAGAUAGUCUGCCUGCUUUGCCUGUACUCUCUGAGGGCAUUGCUGUCAGCUCUGAUUCCUACAUCAAGCUCUCAGCCUGCACUGUAGAGCAGGGCUCUUCCACCCAGGCACCCGUAUCAUGGGUAAAUCCGCUGGGCAUCUAUGACCGUGGAACCUCUUUAUGGCUGGAGGGCAAGGGUCAACCGGAGGUCAAGGGAGAUCAGCAGGAUGUUGAGGCUCAAAGGAGCAGCAGCACCCUUCUGAGUGCACGGGUGGAAGAGUUUAACAGGAAGCUACGGGAGAAUCCUACGGACACCCAGCUGUGGCUGGACUUUAUACACUUCCAGGAUGAACUGGCCUUUGGUUCUGGGUCAUUCUCUGCUGCCAGUGACACUGACAAUGAUGGUGACAUGAAGAAGAUGUCUCUUCGUGCCGUGCUGGAGAAGAAGCUGUCCAUUGUGGACAGGGCAGUGGAAAGUAACCCUGCCAACGUAGACCUGAAACUGGAGAAACUCCACCUGUGCAAGGAACUAUGGGAGCCUGCCACCCUGCAGAAAGAGUGGAAGAAACUAGUGUUCAUCCAUCCAAACAGCGCCCCUUUAUGGAGGAAGUAUCUUCUCUUCACACAGAGUCUUUUCAGCACUUUCUCAGUGUCAAAGGUCAACAGCGUGUUCGGAAAGUGUUUAAGCACGCUCAGUGCAGUCCAAGAUGGCAGCAUGGUGUCUCACCCUCCACUUCCAGGCACCCAGGAAGACCUCUUAGAUAUCUUUCUACAGCAGUGCCAUUUCCUGCGGCAGGCGGGUCACACAGAGAAAGCUGUGUGUCUCUUCCAAGCCCUUCUGGACUUCACUUUCUUCAAGCCAGACAGCGUGAAAGACCUGCCCACUAGACAACAGGUGGAUUUUUUUGAGCCUUUUUGGGACAGUGGAGAGCCCAGGGUUGGGGAACGGGGGGCUCGGGGAUGGAAGGCUUGGAUGCUUCAGCAGGAGAGAGGAGGAUGGGUGAUUCCAUCUGAGCCAGGUGAUGAUGAUGAUGAAGAAGAGCAGGAUGACUCCGAGAUCAAAGACAAGACCUGGCCUAAGUGGAAGAUCUGGUUGGAUGUGGAGGCGUCCCGAGAGGCAAACCACUGGUUGCCAUGGAGACCAGAUAAAACCAAGGGCCAAUCAGAAGAGGACUGUGAGGACCCCGACAGGCAGGUCUUGUUUGAUGAUAUUGGCCCAUCUAUGAUUCGUGUGGACAGACCAGAUCUUCAGCUACAGUUGAUCCUGUCCUUCCUGCAGUUCCUAGGUCUGCCUGGACCUUCAGGGAAGUUCUCUACAACAUCUUCCUCAAACAUUCUACUGGACAAUCUAACCUUCCUUGAGGAGGGCCCAGACCCGGAGCGACCAUUGACCUCUUAUGACCUCCCGAUGGCUGGGAUCUGUGCAGUGGGUCACAUGACAUUUCUGAGUGACUGCAGGAGGCAGGCAGGGCUGUGUAAGGCAGGGGAGGAGUUUCUCCAGAACGUUCUACAGCAAACUCUCCAACUCAUCUCCGCACAGGAUCAAGCUGCUAUUACUCUCUGCUGGCUGCAGUAUGAGAAACUAAAGGUACUGAGAUGUUUACGCAGUGGAAAUAAAAGGCAACUGAAGUCUCAGGGGAAGCGUAGUAAACGGCUAGUGAAACGACUGCUAAAAGAGCCAGAUAACAGGAGCAGCCUGGCACUCUGGAGAGAGUAUGCCCAUCUGGAGUGGCUUCUGGGUAAUCUGGAAGAGGCACGCAAAGUAUUUGACACUGCCUUGGGCAUGGGCGUGACUAGAGGUCUUAAUGAUCCUGUUCUCUGUAAUCUCUGUUUUCUCUAUGCCCAGUUAGAGGUAGAGCAGGCCUUAAACAGUGGGACAGUCCCCACUUCCAAAGCUGUCUACAUUCUCACUAAAUUAGCUGAGGGUGCUGCCUACACUCCUUUCUCUGGCCAAAUCAACCCAGUGACCAUACUGAAGGCCAGAAAGGCCUAUGAGCAGGCCCUAUUGAGCUUUUUACCUGAGCAGAGCACAGGCAGCAAUGCUAGAGCUCCAAAGAAACUCCACAGAAUGUCCAGCCUGGUUGGAUGUUUUGGGCUUUUUCAGUACCUCACAAUGGGGAUAGAUGCAGCUGAUGCUGUGUACAAUCAGGCCAUCCAAAAACUGAUUUCCUGGAACUUGAAUUCAGAAGUGACAGAUGGAUCUCUGAGGAGACCCAAGGUCUUUGCAGACUGGGAGUCUGUUGCUGUCCAGCAUGUAUCACUGCUGCGCCACCACGCCAACACCAGUGUGUUUCCUCUCUCCCGGCUAAGACUGGCACUUACAGAUGCCCUCUCCUUACUGCCCUCCAGUGCCUCAUUAUGGCAACUCUACCUUCAAACAGAGAACCGCUAUCACAGCGCAGGCCGUGCCCGCAGGUUUUUCCACAGUGUGGCAAAGAAAACUGACAGUGUUGUGCCAUAUCUUUUUGCCAUUACUGCAGAGCAACGACUCAAACAGAUGCUGGACUCUGUUCAGAGGUCUCGUCUUCCUAGAGAAGCCCUGCCCACCCUGCCAAAUAAUGGUCUUAGCAACCGUAUCCGCUGUCUGUUUGAAAAUGCUACGGCAACAGAACAUGGGGCCCAUUGUCCUCUGCUGUGGAGAAUGUAUCUGAACUUCAUGGUAUGUGAUGGGAAUGCAGAGAGGGGCAGUGGAAUCUUCUACAAGGCCCUACAGGCAGUGCCCUGGGUAAAGGGCUUGUACAUGGACGCAGUGCAGCUGUUUCCUGAACGUGUGCAAGAGUUUUUAGACCUUAUGACUGAGAAAGAGUUGCGUCUGAGAGUGCCCAUGGAGGAGGUGGACAUCUUGCUGGAGGACUAGCCAUCAAAACCCUUCCCAUAACACACUAAAAAUCAAUAACCACUGCCCAAUAACCAACAGAAACGAAACAGUCUCUCUGAACAACAG